GGUUUGCACACGUCUCUCUAUCUGUGUGUUGGUGAAGAAAUGGCAGAUGCCAGAAUUUCAGUUGCUCAGGAUCAGUUAACCUGCCCAAUUUGUCUGGAUCUACUGAAAAAUCCAGUGACCAUUCCCUGUGGACACAGUUACUGUAUGGACUGUAUUACAAAUUGCUGGGAUCAGGAUGAUCAGAAGCGAAUCUACCGCUGCCCUCAGUGCAGACAGACCUUUACACCAAGACCUGUUUUAGGUAAGAAUGUGGUGUUUGCUGAAAUGCUGGAGAAACUGAAGAAGACAAAACUUCAAUCCGCUCCUGACUCUGCUCAUUGUUAUGCUGGACCUGGAUAUGUGGAGUGUGACAUCUGUACUGAGAGAAAACUAAAAGCAGUCAAGUCCUGUCUAGUGUGUCUGAACUCUUACUGUCAAAAUCACCUCAACCAGCAUGAGAAUUUCUUUAAAGAUAAAAACCACGAAGUGAUCGAUGCCACUGGACGACUACAAGAAAUGAUCUGCAAAAAACAUAAUGAACAACUAAAAAUCUUCUGCCGUACUGACCAGCAAUGCAUUUGUGGUCUGUGUAUGAUGGAUGUACACAAAAAUCACAACAUCGUGACAGCUGUGGCAGAGAGGACAAAGAAACAGACACUUUUGAUGGAGACACAAAGAAAUUUAAAGCAGGGAAUUCAAGAGAGAGAGAAGAAGCUUCAGGAGUUGAGACAGACUAUGGACUCUCAUUUGCGCUCUGCACAGACAGCAGUGGAGGACAGUGAGAGGAUCUUUACUGAACUGAUCCGAUCCAUUGAGAGAAGACGAUCUGAGGUGACACAACUGAUCAGAGAUCAGAAAAAGACUGCAAUGAGUCGAGCUGAAGUAGUCAUGAAGUGUCUGGAGGAGGAGAUUGAUGAUCUGAAGAGGAGAGACACUGAGCUGGAGCAGUUUUUACAAACAGACAAUCACAUCCAUUUUCUUCAGAGUUUCAAGUCUUUCUCUUUGACUUCUGGAUCUUCAGAUGUUUCCAGCAUUACUCUCAGUUCUCUUCUCACUUUUGAUGAUUUGGGAAAAUCUGUUUCUAAACUCAAAGAAAAACUGGAGGAUUUGUGUAAAGAUGAGAUUAAACGUAUAUCUGACAGAGUAAAAUCAACUGAAAUUAUUCCCAAAGAACCCAGAACUAGAGAGGAUUUCCUACAAUAUUCCAUUCAGCUGUCUCUGGAUCCAAACACAGUGAAUAAAAAUAUCCAGCUGUCUAAGAAGAACACUGUGGCUACUUACACUAAAUCAGUUAAGCAGUAUCCUGAUCAUCCAGACAGAUUUAGUGAUUUGAGUGAAGUUUUGUGUAAAGAGAGUUUGUGUGGACGCUGUUACUGGGAGGUUGAGAGGAGUGGUCGUGUUGGUAUAUCAGUGUCAUAUAAGAGCAUCAGCAGGAAGGGAGAGGGUAAUGAGUGUAUGUUUGGAUGUAAUGAUCAGUCCUGGAGAUUGUUAUGCUCUGACUCCAGUUGCUUCUUCAGUCACAAUAACAAACACACUACAGUCCCUGUAGUAUCUAGGUCCUGUAGAAUAGGAGUGUAUGUGGAUCACAGUACAGGAUCUCUGUCCUUCUACAGCGUCUCUGAUACAAUGAACCUCAUACACAGAGUCAACACCACAUUCACUAAACCACUUUAUCCUGGAUUUUGGAUCGAUCAAAACUCAACCAUGAAACUAUGCAAACUGACAAGAUAGAAGACUGAGAUUACAUAAAAGUGUUUAUCACAGCUUUGACCUACAUGAUUAUGUAGUAGCAGUGAGAUGCUAGGAGUCUUUUAUUGACUCAUGAAAAUUGAAACACUUUAACUCUUAAACCAAUAGUUGAGUUUGUCUAUAUAUAACUCAACAUUGGUUAAAAGUAACUCAUUUAAAAUAAAAAAUAUAUUAUUAGAUGUUAUUUUUAGAUUAAUCUAAUGAUGGUUGUGGUGUAAAUGUUGGAGUGAAUGGGAAACAGUUAAUGUUAACGUUUUUUAUGGGAUGGAGCGACAUAGUUUGUGGAUAUUUAAAAAAUUUAUUUAGUUUUGAUUCACUUCUUUGUUAGAGGUUCUUUUCAUUUCUGCUUUUAAACAGCAUGUGUACCACACUUUAUAGUGUAACGGGGUGCUUUAAAGAAAGCAUAGAAGAGGUGAAUCCAUGUGCAAAAGGUGUUUAUUAGUAAAAUCCCAAAAAGGGCCAGCAAACAAAUCCAAACAGGGUAAUCCACAAUCAGAAUCCAAAUAACAGGCGAUAUAUCAGGGCAGGCAGAGUUCAAUCAAAAUCCAGAAACAGGCACAGGUCAAAAACACAGGCAGAUACAGAUAAACAGAAUACAGGUACAGAAAACAGGCAGAUACAAACAGGAUGGCGAUGUAAUAAUCAGCCGGGAACAGGUGAACAGGAAGUGACUUAUAUACAAAACAGACAGGAAGUGUGAACUGAAACAUGGCAUGAUGAAUAUCAAAAUAAAAGUCAGAACAGAGCAGGGUAUCAAAAUAAAAGUCCAAAAUACAAAAAUACACAGAACACAGAACAAAACCAUUACAGAACCCCCCCUCUAAAGGGCGACU